GAAGAAGAGUCACGUGACCUGUUGGCUUGUUUGUAGCCGGCUCGCGCGUCUUUCUUCAGUUAGCUGUUCUGUGUGGACUUGAGGAGAACAACAAGUCUAAAGCCAGUUCGGAUCCACAAGUUAUUCAAUCAGAUCAUGUCUUACAGAACCAAAGGCAGCCGAGGAGACGCUUCCAACCUGGAGAACCAACACCGGAGCAGUGGUUCGUCUCGAUGGUCGCACUGCAGGAAGCGGGGGGUCGAUGGGACCCUGCGGGCGAACAGUGACGAGGACGGCGACAACAGAGGGAAAGGCCACGCCCGCUCUGACAGCAGACACUCCAGUUUCACCACUCCAGAGAGCACAGGGCCAGUGUCUCGCUGUGCUCGGCGGUCUGACUGGGGCAGCCAGGUGGAGGACGAGGAGAUGAGGCGGGAUGUCCAUAGAGACAUGCAGCGGUACAGGAGGAGGAUACUGGCUGCAGACGGUGCCCAGAGGGAGAGGAAGACCUCGUCUGGCUCCUCAGGGAGCUGCGACUCCAGGGAGAGCGACGGCAUGGAGACUGAUGAGGCCAUGCUGCUGCGGAGACAAAAACAGAUCAACUACGGAAAGAACACACUGGCCUACGAUCGCUACAUCAAAGAGGUUCCAAAACAUAUGCGUCAGCCAGGCAUUCACCCAAAGACCCCCAACAAGUUCAGGAAGUACAGCCGGCGCUCCUGGGACCAGCAGAUCAAACUGUGGAAGGUCAAACUGCACGCCUGGGACCCUCCAGCUGGGGCCCGCCAGGAAGGAGCUCAGGAAACGUCUCUGAAUGAUGACAUCGAGGAGCUGGAUCUUGGAGACGUCAUGGACAUUGAGUUUGACUUUCCAGCCUUAACAGAGUCCCAGAAUACUUCUCUGUGCACGCACAGUUCUUCAGUUCAGGAUCAGGACUGUGGGGGAACUCCAGUGAAGGUCCAAAAGACAGAACUCCCAGAAGAGGCGGACAUGGCAUAGCUCCCAAACCCCAGCGAGCGCUGGUCGAGCUUGUAUAGCUGGAGCCGAGUUUCCUUCGCUUGUUACUUGUUCCUCAACUUUUUUACAGAAUCUUCUGCU